AUGGAUUUCGAAAGUCUCAAGAGUCAGGUCAGCAACCUGACGCUUUACGACAUCAAGGCCGGAGUGCGGAAGGUGCAAAAUGCCGUCAUGAACCUCACCGAGAUGGAAGCAAAGGUUCGCGAGGCAACCAACGGAGAUCCUUGGGGCGCAUCUGCAACUUUGAUGCAGGAAAUUGCCCAAGGCACACAUAACUAUCAACAACUGAACGAAAUCAUGCCCAUGAUCUACAAGCGAUUUACAGACAAAACAGCGGAAGAGUGGAGGCAGAUAUACAAAGCGUUGCAACUUUUAGAGUAUCUCUGCAAACACGGUUCAGAACGAGUCAUCGAUGAUGCCCGGUCGCACCUCUCCCUCAUACGGAUGCUGAAGCAAUUCUACUACAUUGAUCCGAAUGGCAAAGACCAAGGGGUCAAUGUCCGCAACCGGUCCGGCGAGCUGGUCAAGUUGUUGAGCGACGUCGACACCAUCCGACAAGAACGCAAAAAGGCUCGAGCCAACAGAAACAAAUACAGUGGUGUUGAGGGCGGUUUGGGUAUGGGAGGUGGACUGUCCAGCGGCAGCCGCUACGGCGGGUUUGGCAGCGAGACUGGCGGAUUUGGCGGCUACCAAGGAGAAGUCUAUGGCGAUGGCGGCGGCUUCGGUGGUCGUGAAACCGACUUUUCUGGCACACAACGCCGGGCGGACCAAUUUGAAGAAUACGACGAGGCGGAAGAGGCGGAGCCCGCAAGACCUGCGAGAAGUACUACCAGCCGAACGACGACCCCAAAACGAGCGUCGCCGAAGCCCAAAGAGCCGGAGCAAGACCUGUUUGACUUUAGCAGCGAACCAACAACGACCACAUCGAACGGCAAGGCUCCUGCGACAAGUUCUUCCGGCCUCGGUGAAUUUGGGGCUUUGCAGGGCAGCACUGCGAAUGACGACGAUGAAUUUGACGACUUUCAAUCCGCAACGCCGGCAGCCCCGGCUGUUACGAGUCCUUUGGCUAGUAUUGUCCCUCCACCCACUACUUCGACUACGACCUCUGCUACACAAUUUGCCGCUCCCAAACCAGUUGCUCCUGGCCAAGCUGCGGGCUUCGACAAUAUCUUCGCCACCGCAUCUCCUGCUCUUUCAGCAACCUCUUCGGUCAUGUCUCCCGCGCCGUCGACUUUCUCUCCCCCUCCAACACAAACAGCAGCAGCCCCUCUUCAGCCGACGGGAGGGUUCAAAUCCACGGGGCCAAACUACUUUACUCCUGUUCCCGUGUCAAUCAAUUCCCAGAGCGGUCCAGCUUCAAAUGCGACACCAUCAGGAAUUGGCGCAACGUCGCCUACUUCGGCAGCCUCGUUGGGCAAGCCAACUCCUAAAGCGACGUCUGGUGCUGGUGGUGACGUCUUUGGCUCGCUCUGGAGCACGGCUAGCAGCAAAGCAGGAGUCAAGACCACAAGCAGUGGGUCCCAGAAAGGACCGGAUUUGGCGAGUAUGGCUAAGGCCAAGUCUCAGGCGGGAAUCUGGGGAGCGGCUUCAGCUGCCAGUUUGACACCCGCCGCGAGUGCGACACCUGCGAGCAGCAAUGCCGCGUCGGUGCAGGGGAAACCCAGCGCGUCACUUGGCAACGGGCUGGACGAUCUUCUAGGCUAA